AGAGAGAGAGUGAAAGAAAACUAAGCCCAGCUUUUGCCGGUGCUGCUUGGAUUGGAUCUGGUUUGAGUUUCCUCUCUGCUGGCUUGUGCAGCAGGAGAGGAGGAGUGGGGGAAGUAACUCACUCUUCCUCUGAAGCUUAAGCAAAUGUGCUGGUGACUGCACUGGUGGGGAGCUGCCCUGGGUGCAGUUGCCUCGCAGCUUAUUGCUCUCAGUUGUUAAAGAAUUGCCUGGACUUCUUGAGGACCUGGAGGAAAAAGCCAUCACUUCACAGACCCGAUAGUUGCUCAGUGCCUAUAGACUUGAUACAUUUUUUACCUAGGGGAGGAUUCUUUUUUUUCAUUAUUUUUCUCCCCUGUCUCAGAACAGCAGUUCCUUGAGUGUGUGGCAUUGAAAUCCAUUGCUUUUUUAACAACUUUGGGAGAUAUUUUAAAAACUUUUUUUCCUCUCUUUUGUUUUCAUUGCCUUAAAAAAAAAAAAAAAAAGAAACAAAAAAGAUAGUUCUUUUGGGGGGAGGGGAGAUGAUCGUGCUGAUGUGGAAUAAGUGCUCCUGCUGUCUCCUCUUACUAGCCGCGGUCCUGAUCGUGGAGAGCUCCCAGCUAGACAGCUCCAGCUCCAAGGUGAACUCCAUCAAGUCCACCCUGAUGGGGGAGGCUCCAACUCAGGCAACCAACAGAUCUGCAGGCAUCCACCAGGGACUGACGCUUGCUAGCAGUAAGAAGGGCAAAAUGCUAGAGCAGAUGGGAAAACCUCCCAAGCACUAUCACCGGCAAGGAGAGGCCUAUCCUUGUACCAAUGAUAAGGAAUGCGAAGUUGGGCGGUACUGCCACAGUCCUCAUCAAGCAACGUCUGCAUGCAUGAUGUGCCGGAGGAAGAAGAAGCGUUGCCACAGAGAUGGCAUGUGCUGCCCCGGGAACCGCUGCAACAAUGGUAUUUGCAUACCAGUAACUGAAAGCAUCCUUACACCUCACAUCCCUGCUCUAGAAGGGCCACGCAACAAGAAGAAUGGUCAUUAUGCUAGCAAGGAUUUGGGAUGGCAAAACCUAGGGCGGUCACGCUCCAAGCUGUCACACAUAAAAGGACACGAAGGUGAUCCCUGCCUACGGUCAUCAGACUGUAUUGAGGGACAUUGCUGUGCUCGCCAUUUCUGGACCAAAAUUUGCAAGCCUGUGUUGCAUCAGGGGGAGGUGUGCACCAAACAGCGCAAGAAAGGCUCCCAUGGACUGGAGAUUUUCCAACGAUGUGACUGUGCCAAGGGGCUGUCUUGCAAAGUAUGGAAAGAUGCGACCUCCUCUUCUAAAUCAAGACUUCACGUGUGCCAGAAAAUCUGAAUGAGAUUGGGAAGAUAGUAUUAAGUGACUGUGGCUUUAUGUAUUUAAUGCAUUACGGCAUGGCGGGAAAUGAGGACUGCAAAUGGAAGCAGAAUGGCUAAAGUUAGGGUAGGAGUAGAUGUCACACCAAAUACAUUUCUUUUUGAGCUGGUAGUAAACCCAAGUGCAUCUGGAGUUCUCCUACUGUGCAGCUCUUCUGUAUAUAAUCUACAGUUUGUGGGAAAUGCUAAUACGCAAACAAGUACAGUGGAAAUUAAUGUCCCUUACUUUGCUGUGGUGUCCCAUGAUGUUCUAGGGGUUCAGUGUUAGGGCCACAGUGGGUUUCUAGUGUGGUAAUGACUGCUAAAUACAUUGUAUACAUUGUACUCCUAUAGGAAGCAGAACGUGCCAGGAAGACUCAUCUGUCAUUAUUGGUCACAUUGCAGGUGUGAGAAAUGGAAAUAGUUACUGUGGCUGUCCACACACCCUUGUCAUUCAGGGCUGACACUUCAGCAAAGAAAGCACUCCUGCAGGACAAGAGUGCUAUGUUUUGCAGGUCCUCACGAAAGAGGUGAAAACUUACCAUCAUCUCGCAGUUUCAAGAAAGCAGCAGUUUCCCUAAGAGGAGGCAUAUAAACAGGGUUUUGUUUCCUAUAAAUAAGUAAACUGAAAUGCUUUAUGUAGUUCAGUGUCACAGUAUGGCUCUUAAUCACUUAUAUUUGCCUCGGUUUACUGCUAGUAUACAUUGGAUUGAACAGAUGAAGCAAAUAUGCGCAUGCUGAAGCCAGAAUCUAUACACAGGCAGUUGCUCAUUAGUCCUAAAUAUUCUUUUUUUGCCUAAGCACACUUGCAUUAUAGACAUUUCCAAAAGAGUGUUGAAGUGCCUAACACAAAGAACUAUGAAGCUGUGUCACCGUUGCUGUUAUAACAGAUGAUGCGGAUAUUUGAUGAGGUGUUUAGAGCACGCUGCUGCAAACUCAAACUUUUACCUUUUAUUAGUAGUGAUGGCCUACUGAUGGCACUCUGCAGAAGUAUAAUGGAUUUGUUUCUUAGAGGCAGCAAAGAAAACGUUGGCUCCUGUGAGCACCUCCAUUCCUGCAGAAAAGGAUGUAAGAAGAGUGUACGUCCACAAAUGGCUUGUUAAACAUCGUGCGGUGCCACAGCAUACCAGCCUCCAGCGUGUAUUCAGCCGGAACUUCAUGUCCUCUCAGCCUGGACUGUUCUGCCAGGAAUGAUGGAAUUACAUGUACUGUGGAAACAGCUGACAGCUCUACCUUGUUUGUGUACUAGUUUAAAAAAAGGACAGUCUCUAUCCCAUGACUUGUCGCCCAGGUCUUUUAAAAUUUUUUUCAUUUUACUUAUUUGCAAGUAUUCCUUUGUAUAGACAUUGGUAAAGAGACUGAUACUUCUUUAAAGACGUCUGAUUCUAUAAUUGACCUACUGCUAAGUUGUAAUUACCCAUUUAUAAUUACCCAUUUUCAUGUUUUGUAAUAGAAGGGACUUUUCUGUUUAAUCAGUUCUGAACAAUGCGGGUACACCAGUAUGUAGUUUAGCUUCGAAGACCCUGUCACCCGUACCUGACACCUUUUUCCACUGACACGUCUCCACCAGCAGUUGUUUUAAAGCUUGAGCUUAGCUACACCACCUGACUCAGACUUCCUAUUUAGAACACAGACUUCAGCUGCAUUGCCGUUGUCUUUCAUAAGAGUCUAAAUACGAAGAGUAUUUCACACCCCUCUUUCCCCACUGGAGUUAGUUUUUAUUGACCUAGAAGGACUGCUUGGAGACAGGGUCUUCUGUUUUUUUAAUAGUCUCAGUCAGAUUUUUAUCUUGCAGGCCUACCAUUGCAACUCUGCUUAUUUCAGAGUUUUUCCAGAAUAGCUGAAACAGGAAUAAGGCUCAGAAAUAGCAUAAUUUCAAGAUAUUAAAAAAGUACAGGAACCAGUAUUGCAAGUGUUUGUUAUUUACACUGACACAGCACAUACACAGCAGAAGAACUCUAUUGCUCUUGUGACUACAUAUGAAAAAAAGAUGAUAGCCAGCAUGAGCAGGGGGGUUGCAGAAAUCGGCUUUCAGCAAUUUUUAGCUCUUCUUAACAUUGGCCUACCCCUCCCUUUUCCUCUUGCAAGACAUAGUUAUUUGGGAUAAUUUAUUUACAGGAAAUGUUUAAUGAGAUGUAUUUUCAUAGAGAGAUAUUUCUUACACAAAGCUUUGUAGCAGAAUAUAUUUGCAGCCUGUUGACUCUAAUGUAGAAAAAUGUAUAAUAAGAUUAAAUAUAUUAAAUGUCCUUUCCUCCCCAAAUAUUUUACCCAUAUUCCUUUCCUUACCUGCUGCUUAAGAAGAGUAGUUCUUUCUGGAAAAAUAUACAAAUCUAUUAAAAAAUACAUAUAUUUUAGCUGUACAAGACAAAGUAUCUGAUUGUACUUGUGUCUCAAAGCACUAUGUAGCCUGAGUUUUAGUAGAACACAUGAAGGUCAUCUUAAAAUCCCCACGUGUCAUUCCUACAAAACUGGUUUAAGUGGGAACAAUCUGUGCUUCUUUUGGGACAGUUUACACCUAAACAUUCAAGAAUAAAUUUUGAAAAUAAUGCACCUGGAUGCACAAUGGUCAGUCAGCCAGGUUGAAUAGGAAAGGUGCCCAGACACAGUCCCUGGAUAGUGAUACAUACCUGAGAGCCUCACAGUGGGUAAAGCUGGUAUUUAAAUUACACAAUAUUUUGCUAUAGGCUGCAACAUACAAAUGCAUUGCUGCAAGACCUAUAGUAGCAAUUCUGAAAUGGCAAAUAACAACAUUCAGCUCUAAUAACAUGACACAAGCCAUAUGACAUAACUGAAAACAUUGCUACUAAACCCAACCAAGUUCUGAUCCCAGAAAACCCCUGCCGAGCUCAAUAAAUAUUGCAAAAUAAUGGCUGUGGUUAUUAAGCAAUGGUCUCAAUAUCCUUGUUACUUGUUUCUGGUAAUCCUUUGCUCAAACAGAUGUAUAUUUAGCGGAUGGACUCCUCUCCAAGUCACACUAGUGUCGGUACAAAAUGAAAAGGUUUUGCUACUGUUAUUUGGUGGGUAGGCCUUUGAAAAUUCUCACACUUUUAACAACAACUUAAUAAAGUUAUGAGCAUCUUCAGAGCCCAAUGACGUCAACAGAGCCUGAGACUGCCAAAGUCUUCAGAGAUUUAAAUCUGGGAACGGAAACAAUAGGCACAAAUACCGAGCAACAUAGCUGAACUGAAUAGAACGCAAGCAGUUUCGCAAGACUGACUUUGAUUGUUUAGAAGCCAUUAAGUUAAUAGAUUGGGGAAUAUACAUCAGUUUGAGACUAAAAGAGCAGCUAAAUUUGGGGAUAAUUGCUCUCACUCACUGUGACACUCAUCAAGGGAAUCAAGAGUGACUUUGGCUCAGUAACAUUUCAGAAAUAUGCUGCCAUGACACAAGUACUAAAAAGAUUAUUGCUGAACAAUUCAAAUACUCUUUGUACUAGCCAAGAAUAGCAUCAGCAACGCAGCAUCUCUUUGGAAACACUUAUUAACAACGUUUCUAUAAGUAAUGGAUUGCUACUCUAUAACAGCAGGUCUUUGACUUAAAGUACAAAAAAAUGUGGGUGUGUAUCUGUUACCAUAUUAGUUGCUUUAUGUUGUUUCUGACCUAUAGUAUUUAUGCUUUUAAACGUUUUUAAUGAAAAUAACUGACGUAGAUUUAUGCACUUACUUGUACAACAACACUUUAACCAGCAUACAUCCAGCACCUGACACCUAAAACACGAUUCACCAAAAAGUCGAGCCAUCAUCGGCAUAUUCUGACUUUCAUACUUGUCUCAACAGCAGCCAAAAAAAAAAAACCAAACAAACAAACCAAAAAAAAACCCCACAUCACCAGACACCAUGAACUCUCUUGGGCAGUGGCUGAGAAGAAACAUUUCUAUACUAGUCACCAACCCACCAGCCCUCUCUGCUUUCACUUCAGAGCCCAGCAUCUUCACCCCCAAAAGAAACGUAAAUGCUAGCAAAGAAAGUCUGUGGUUUUCCUCCCAUUUACUUUCCUAUCCUGAAGGCCAAAGCCAGCAGUAACUCAUAUAGCAGAUACUCCAAGGCAAGGCUUUUACGAGUCUUGCAAUCUCUUCUCUACCGUUCAAGAAACUUACUUACCUGCUAAGAGAAUUAUGUAGACAAUAAGACUACACUUACUUACAAAAAAAAAAAAAAGAACACUAGCUCUUUGGAUUGUCAGUCAAGUGUUCUGAAAAAUCACUGUCCCCAGUGACGGUUAAAAAAAAGACCCAAAGUCGCACACACACACCCCACCCCACCCCCCCCCCCCGGCAGUGGUCUCUGACCGAGGGAACGCAGGUUUGUUUUGUGUUUGGUUGGUUGGUGGUUGGUUUUUUUGUUUUGGUUGUUUGUUUUUUUCCCACUAGGCAGUUCCACUCCACCCAAAGCCAUCAUUAAUCUUGCUUUUAAAUCACACUAAUAUGCUUUCUUGCCUAGCUCACCAGUCUGAUGUCUGGCAUCUUUCUGAUGAUGCAUUAGACUAACUCUGUUUCUUCACUCCUGUCUAGAGGGCUGCGCGCCCUCAUUUAAAUCAUAAUAUUUCACUGAGAUGAACAGAAACUUUCUGCUCAAGUGCCUUACUAUCUAACAGUUUUUAACAUGCCUACCACUAUCAAAGACUGCUUACCAUUCAACAGAGACCCUACACCCAUUCUUACCUUAUGUUUUUCCUUCAACUUUAUAUGACUUGUCAGUUGCUGAAAUGUGGCAGAUAUAUCUGCUACUGCCCCCUCUAACCUUACUGCUUUGCCAGCUUUUUACAAACCUGCUUAAGGGAGCAAUGCAGGAGGAGAAAGCACAGAAAAUGGGGAGGGUGGACUGGAGCAAGCCAGCCAAACGCUUGAAAUGGUGGGGAGAAGAGGGAAUCUACCUCAGAAUUUCAUUAGAUGCUAUUGCAUCCCAAUAAUGUAUCCCACCUGAUUACCAAGAAUGGAGGAAGGGUGAACUGACCCAUAGUGGGGGGAGGCCUGAUGAUUGAGUGAUUCUAGUCCCUCAAAAGCUGAAUCGUUGAGCCUAUGUCCCUCUGGCAGCAGCAUGCCUCUCACCUUGGUCCACUGUGUAUCCAACUCCCAGUAAUUCCAAAGGCUUUGGAUUUGUCACUAACCCUCAGACCCAUUGUUAAGACAACACUGCUAUAGCUCUCAGCCUGCCCAUGACUAGAGAUCCUACUGGAAGUCUGCAGAGAAGGAAGGAAGAGACAAAAGCAGGAGACGGCUGCUGCGUUGCAGAACUCCAGCUGGUCCCAGAGCUAUUAUUUUGACCACCACUGAUGGGCCUGACCCUGAUGGAUAUACAGCAUUGGAUUGAGCUCAUUGCAAACUUGUUUAUUCUGGCAGCUCCCUGUUUAUUUUGGAAUUGCUUAUUGUUAUAGCAUGAGUGUCAAUUACUUAUUUACAAAUGUCUGGUACCAAUAAACUUUUUGUUUUUUACAGUA